AUGCCAGGUCUCCUGGCUCUAGCCGGCUUAUUCCUGGUGCUCGUCAUCCCCGGUGCCAGGUCAGAGUCAGCAGAGCUGAGGUUCCUCGGCCAGACGGAGUUUGUGGUCAAUGAGAGCAGCAGAGCCAUCGUACGUCUGGUGGUUGAGCGGGUCGGAGCCCCUGUCAACGUCACUGCUCUAGUCCUGCUGCAGGGUGAGGACACCGGAGACUUCGAGGCCACCACUGCAGCUGCUUUCCUGCUGUCCUCCGAGUCAAGCAAAACCAUUUUCAUCGCCGUGAAAGACGAUGAUCUACCUGAAGCCGAUGAGACCUUUGUGUUCAACCUACAACUCCAGAGCUCAUCGAAUGGUGUGACAGUGGGCACUCCGAACAUUGCCAGGAUUACCAUCUUGUCUAAUGACAAUGCCUUCGGAAUAAUAUCCUUUAACUCUACUGGCCUGAUCACUGUGGAGGAGCCGAAGGGUAGAAACCAGUACGUGCCUCUUACACUCAUCAGAGAAAAAGGAACUUAUGGAACAGUAACUGUGAAUUUUGUGAUUACUGGAGGCCCAAACCCAGCCAGUGAUGAUCUGAGUCCUGACAGAGGAAACAUCACUAUUCCUCCUGGUCGAGCAGUCGUGGUAUUCAGCAUACUAAUAGAAGAUGAUUUGGUUCCAGAAGAUGACGAGAUCUUCACAGUGCUGUUGACAGGGGUAGAAGGAGGCGCUUUACUGAACCCCAACCACACCAGUGUGCAGAUCAAAAUCCUAAGUAACGAUGCCCCCGUGCGCUUCCUGCAACCCUCCAUCGGUGUUCCAGAAAGUGCCGGUGUCAUCAAUCUCACAGUUACCCGCGGCAAAACCGACGAAGGCUUUCUGAUUGGCUCCGAUGAUCGUGAAGUGUCCGUGGCGUACACUGUAAUCACUGGGAACGGAGCAGCCAGUGCAGCACUACUGGAGGACUUCUUGGACCUACAGGUUAAGAAGAUCGUGGUUUUUCCUCCGGGCAUUCAUGAAGCAGUGCUGCGGUUUAGCAUAGUAGAUGACAGACUUCCAGAAAUCGCAGAGUCCUUUCAGGUUGUUCUUUUGGAGGAGACACUGCUGGGAAAUGCAGUGCUGGUGUCACCUAGCGUGGUGCAGGUGACCAUUGAGCCUAAUGAUAAGCCUCAUGGGGUGCUGUCCAUCAUCAGUCCUCCCCCAACACAACCCAUCAUUAUAAACGAAGACACGACUACAAGAUUUGAAGGCAUCACCAUUGUGAGAAACGGAGGAACUCACGGCUCAGUCUCUGUCAACUGGACCAUAAUCCGAAAUUCCACAGACAAGGCCCCUGUCUCAAGUGACCUAUCCCCAGUCUUUGGAACAUUGAGAUUUGCAGAGGGGCAAAUGAGUGCCAUCCUAACAUUAAAUAUCAGUCAGGAUGAUCUCCCUGAAGAGGCAGAGGCCUUCCUACUUAGACUGAUUGCUAGCUCUGUUCAGGGUGGGGCGGAAGUAGAUGAGCCCAUGGAGAUGGUGUUCUACAUCCAAGACAGCGACGACGUCUACGGUCGAUUCGGUUUUCAUUCAGCUGAAAGACAGAGCAUACAGAGCCAGCCUGAGGGGAGAUUCCUCUCCCUUAGCUUUCUUCGUGAAGGGGGCACUCUGGGAGAAGUGCGUCUGGUGUUUACAGCCCUUUACAUUCCUGUAGGAUCCCUGGACCCAGCUAGAGCUCGGGAUGGGGUCUUGAACGGUACCAGUGCCAACAGCUUGUUGUUCAGUUCGGGUCAGUCGAGAGUGCAGUUAAUCCUGCCCAUACGUAAUGAUGCAUUCCUGCAGAACGGAGCCCACUUUUUGAUACUGCUGGACAGUUUGCAGCUGGUGAACAUCACUCCUCCCAUCCCUUCUGUAAGCCCUCGCUUUGGAGGGGCUACCAACAUCUCCCUGGUUAUUACACCAGACAUUGCUAAUGGAGAGAUCGGCUUCACCAGUAACCAGACGGUGGUGGCAGUAGAACCAGAGGAAUCAAACACAAGCGUGAUCGUUCUUCCUCUGAGAAGAGAUGGGACAGAUGGGCGAGCCGUGGUCUUCUGGAGCGUCCGACCUGUCGGGGAGAACAGAGUCGAUGUUACUAGAGAUGACCUCUCGCCGUUUGCUGGUUCAGUCACGUUCCUGUCAGGGCAGAGUGAAGCGAACAUCACCAUCACUGUCAUGGCUGAUGAUGUUCCGGAGAUCAAUGAGACGGUCUUGCUCACUUUGGACAGGACCAAUGUGGAGAACCAGAUCCUGAAGCCUGGUUUCACCAGCCGAGAGAUCGUUAUACUGGAGAACGAUGACCCUGGUGGAGUCUUUGAGUUUUCGCCUGUGUCUAGAGGCCCCUGGUAUAUCAACGAGGGGGAGACAGUAGAGCUGAGGGUUAUCCGACAGCAAGGCCAGUUGCUGAACCAGCUGAUCCGAUACACCGUGACACCUUCUGGAAAUGAAGAUUUUUAUGGAGCCACAGGGAUUCUGGAGUUUCAGCCUGGAGAGAGGCAGGUGGUGGUGGCACUGGUUGCCCGGCCUGAUGGAAUUCCCGAGCUGGAUGAAUCGUUCGCUGUAAUCCUUAGCAGCCACAGCACCCCUGCUAGUCGCCUGGGUAACCGCAGACAGGUCAACAUCACUGUGCUUAAGAGUGAUGACCCCUUUGGAGUAAUCCAGUUCAUGCAGCUGGACCUCAAAUUCUCCAUCAAUGAAAGCAAAGGGAUGGAACUUCAUUCAGCAUCCUACCCCAUUGUCAGAGGGAAAGGCCGCUUUGGGAACGUCUCAGUCCACUGGAUUCUAGAGCCUGCCAAUUUAAGCGAUGUCAGCCCUGUGGAAGGGGAAGUCUUCUUUGCUGAUGGGGAGUAUCUAAAAAACCUGACCCUUUAUUCCAAGCCUGAUGAGGUGCCAGAAGCUGUUGAAAAAUUCAGCAUCACUCUUAUUAAUACAACUGGUGGUGCGAAGCUUGGAGAUGUUCUGAAAGCCACCUUGGAGAUUAACAAGAACGAUGAUCCCAUUUACUUUGCAGAACCAGUGAUACAGACUGUCAGAGAGGGUGAUGUGGCAAAUCUUACCAUUCUGAGGGCUGGGUUGGCAAGUUUUGUAGCCACGGUGAUGUAUCGGUUUGAGUUCGGAGGCACCUCAUUGGGAGACUUUGUCGCCGUGAGCAAUGAUUCGAUGCUGGUAUUUGACUAUGGUGAACGGAUGAAGAAUAUAUCGGUUGCUAUAAGGAACGACGACAUCCCGGAAACAGACGAGCCCUUUUACGUAGUUCUGUUCAAUGCUACAGGCGAUGCUGUGGUUUAUGGACAGGAUGCUGCCACUGUGGUGAUUGAAGCCAAUGAUGACGCCAAUGGGAUAUUCAGCCUGGAUGGCACUGAGAAGCCUGUAGAGGAGGGCAAGUCCAACAAUUUCUAUGUUAUUAGGGAACGAGGGCAUUUUGGCAACGUCACUGUGUUCUGGCAACUGUUUGUCAAUGACACUCCUCUCGAGCCCAGUCAGGAGUUUGUCAACACAUCUGGAUUUAUAGUUUUCACCAUGGGAGAGAAGACCAAGCCAAUAGUUCUGGAAGCCAUCUCUGACAAACUCCCAGAGUUCAACGAGCUGUUCCAGCUGCGGUUAAUAAACGUCUCAGGUGGGUAUCCUGGUGAAGGAGGCAAACUAUCCAUCAAGAACCUCAACGCCUCUGUCCUAAUCCCUUUCAACGAUGAUCCAUUUGGAGUGUUUGCCAUUGACGAGAACAACCUGGACCAAGAAGUAGCAGAGGACGUCCUAUCCGUGGAUGACAUGUCUUCAGUCACGUCCUUCACCAUCCUCCGCAAUCAGGGCACUUUUGGAGACGUCCGUGUGGCAUGGGAGAUCCUAUCAGAAGCUUUUCCUCUUGGUUUACCACCGAUGGAUGACUUUCUCCUGAUGGCCACGUUCCCUGAAUCCGUCAAGCUCCAACCCCAUGCCAGAAGGCACCAUUCUGGAACAGAUGCCUUCUUCUUCCCCGGCCUCCUCGGAGCUUACGGGACCAUUGGCGCAGAAGCCCAGCCAGAGGCCGUUCCUCACAGCCUGGUGAACUUUACCUUCUCGGCCUGGCUCAUGCCCAGACCCAACACGGAUGGGUUUAUUAUUUCAAAAGGCACCGCUAAUGGAGCUAUGUAUUACGGAGUGAAAGUCCAGACGAAUGAUUCCCAUGUUAGCGUGACGCUUCAUUACACGACCGUAGGAUCUAAUAGCACCCAGGUGGCAGGAGCUACGGCCAUGAGGUUUGUAGAAGAUAAUGUGUGGGUUCAUGUCAUCAUCGCAGUGGAAGAUGGAAUCAUUGAGUUUUAUUUGGAUGGGAGCCCGAUGCCUGGAGGAAUCAAGAGUCUGAAAGGAGAGGCCAUUAUGAACGAUGCUGCUCCUAUAAGAAUCGGCUCGAACCCUGACGGCCACCAGCUCUUCACAGGCCUUCUGCAGGACGUCCGUCUUUAUUCGGUUCGUCUGAAGCAACCUGAGAUCCGUGAGCUGCAUGGUCAGCCGGCUAAGACCGACCUCCGCAACGUGUCCGGAUAUCUGGCGUAUCGGCAGGGGGAGAAGCUCAAAUCGUUUAUCGUGGAAACUCGGGAUGAUCGAGAGGAAGAGGGAGAGGAGGUGUUCUACCUGCAGCUGGUGGCUGUUCAUGGGGGAGCCCGGCUGCCCACGCCCCGUCCCACUGCCAGGCUGAGGAUUAUGAAGAGUGACAAUGCUAACGGGCUAUUUGGGUUCACCGGAGCGUGUAUUCCUGAUGUAUCUGAGGAGGGCUCGACUGUCUCCUGCGUGGUGGAACGAACUCGUGGGGCUCUAGACUCAGUCUACGUAAACUACACAGUGAAACAGCUCGAUGCCCCUGCUGGAGAACCCAACGUCUCGGACUUUGUCAACGCCACAGGCUCCAUCCUCUUUCUCCCAGGUCAACGUUCUGAGGUUUUGAAUUUGCUGGUGCUGAAUGAUGACCUUCCUGAAUUUAAUGAAUACUUCCAAGUGAAGCUGGUGUCUGCCCAGUCAGGUGAUGGAAAUCCAGGUUCUACUCCGACCAGUGGAGCCAGCGUUGAUCCUGACAAUGCUGUUAACAAUGUUACCAUCAAGGCCAGCGACCAUCCUUAUGGUCUGCUGCAGUUUCAGCUUGCACCCAUAACUCAGGAGAUGAUCAGGCCAGCUGUGGAGGAGCCCCACGUCAGCGUGAACGAAGAGGCUGGCGUAGUCAGAUUGCCAGUGGCCAGAGCACAAGGCCUACUGGGAAGAGUAGUAGUGGGAUUUCGAACUGUUCCUAUUACAGCCAUUGGCUCAAAGGACUAUGAGAUCACGGAAGGGUUGCUGGAUUUUCUGCCCGGUGAAAGACUCAAAUAUAUCAACGUGACUAUUAUAGACAACUCGGUGCCAGAGCUGGACAAAGUAUUUAGAGUGGAGCUGUACACCCCACAGGGAGGAGUGGAUCUGUUCUUUGGGAGUGGGGACAGUGGCAGUGCAGAGAGUGAAACUGAAUUCUUCCUUCCAUCCUUUCACUAUCAUCCUGCCAACUUGGGACUGGCAUCUCACAUCACUGUGACCAUCGCUGCAUCUGAUGAAGCUCACGGCAUCUUCCAGUUCAGUCCCGAAUCUCUCUCAGUGAACGGAACCGAGCCAGAAGAAGGACGGAGUACUGUGGUGUUACAGGUUGUUCGGAAUUUUGGAGCUCUUUCCAAUGUGACUGUGUACUGGGAAGCAGAUCAGAGUUCACAAGAAGAGCUUAUCUACAGAUCUGGCAACUUGACCUUCACUGUGGGACAGACCACUGCAAGCAUCUAUCUGUACAUCGCUCAGGAUGACGUUCCUGAACUGGACAAGAGCUUUAAAGUCCGUCUGUUGAACACUUCUCAUGGACGGCUAGGCGGCCAGACGGUCGCCACUCUGACCGUCUUAGCUAGUGAUGACCCGUACGGACUGUUCAUGUUCUCAGAAAGCAGCAGGCCGGUCCGGGUCCCGGAAGCAGACGCUCCGGUCGUCUUGACGAUACAGAGGAGGAAAGGAUUGAUGGGACGGGUACGGGUGACUUACAGGACACUUGGGGAUACAGAUCUACAGCCUUACAUUACACCGGGUGUGGGCAGGGCAAGCGCUGGAAAUGACUUUGUACCCAUUUUGGAGUCAGUAACGUUCUCUGCCAAUCAAAGUGAAGCUAAUGUUACUAUCAGAAUUCUGGAUGACCGAGACCCAGAGAGAGCAGAGGCGGUGUUUAUAGAGCUCAGCAAUGUCAUGCUGGUGGAGGGUGCGCAGACCAGACCAGUCGCUCAGUCACCGCGACUCGGCAUGAGAGACGUCUCCGUGGCUCAGAUCAUCAUAGAAGCCAGCGACGACGCGUUUGGGGUGCUUCAGCUCUCUUCUUCAGCAGUGAGCGUGGCUGAGAACUAUGUCGGACCCAUUAUUAACGUCACGCGCACAGGGGGGAUUUUCGCUGAUGUGUCGGUCAAGUUCCGUGCAGUACCUAUGACUGCAAGGGUUGGUGAGGACUACAGCGUGGCCUCCUCAGACGUUGUCCUUCUGGAGGGAGAGAGCAGUAAGCCGGUUCCCAUCCUUAUCAUUAAUGACUUGGUGCCUGAACUGGAGGAAACGUUCCGCAUUGAGCUCCUAAACCAGACCACAGGAGGAGCCUUCUUGGGCGAGCCCUCUCAGGCAGUCAUCACCAUCUUGCCCUCUGAUGACCCGUAUGGAUUGUUUGUCUUUCAGGCUGGACCAGUUACUGUUGAGGAGCCGAUGGUCAAUGGGUUUGAAGUGUCUUUACCGAUUGUGAGGAAUGCCGGGACAGUAGGUUACGUGGCUGUCCAGUGGAGGGCGACUGUCAACGGUAGAUCAGCAGUCGGUGAUCUCCGGCCUCAGUCUGGUGAGAUCAGUUUUGCUCCGGGUGAAACCAUGAAGACUUUAAGAGUAGAGGUUUUGGCUGAUGAUGUACCAGAAAUUGAAGAGAUCAUCAGGGUGGAGCUUACUGGUGCCACUAAUGGUGGGAGCAUCGGAGCUGAGAAUGCAGUAAACAUUAUUGUCCCGGCCAAUGACAAUCCUUAUGGAAGAGUGCACUUUGAGCAGGUGGUAUAUAGAGUACAAGAGCCUCUGGAGGGAGUCUACGUUGUCAACGUUACUGUUCGAAGAAGUGGUGGUAACUUUGGUCUUCUAGAAAUCGUCUAUAGUACCUUUGAGAUUGACGUGGUCAGUAAUGCUCAGAAAACUGGCCAUAACUUCCUCACGUACUACAAUACACCUGUGUCUGGUGCACCCACCGCCGCCGUCCGAAGCGCGAUCAACAUCACCACAUCCAGGGACCCGCUGAACUUCUGUGCAGCCUUUUGCCUGCGAGAACGAGCCUGCCAGGCCUUUUCUUUCACUAAUACCUCAACUGCAACGUGCUUCUGGGUAACCUCAGGAUCAAACCAAAUUUCUGCUAGUGCCCAAACACUGACUUACAUCAAAAACGCCACGGCUGCUGCUUUCCUCUUCAGCUCACAGGCCACCGCCGGGAGUGACUACGUUACCAUGAUCGGGCAGACCGCAACCAUGCUGGACGGGUCGAGUACGGCCAACCUGACCGUGCCCAUCGUGUCGGACUCAUCGCCAGAAAUGGAUGAAAGUUUUUUGAUACAGAUUUUGAAAGUUAGCUUAGUUAAUAUGACCGUCGCUGGGAAACUCUUACCUACCAUUAUGCAGCCAGACAUAGCUACAGUGACGAUUGGGAUGAAUGGCGAUGCGUUCGGAGUGUUCAAACUGUACAGUAUUAAUCCCAAUGCUACCCGGAAUGGGCUAUAUCUGGAGGUCAGAGAGGAGCCUGGUGCCAGAGUGCUUCUGGUUAUUGAGAGGACAGGAGGGAGUCUAGGCCAGGUUGCAGUGGAGUGGAUGUAUGUUGGCGGCAGUGCCAAACCCAAUGAAGACUUCAGCGGCACAGGGGAGACGCUUAUCUUUGCUGAAGGUGAUGUAAGGAAGACCAUUGAGCUAUUCAUCACAGAUGACACUGAACCAGAAGACAAUGAGACCUUACGUAUUGGUUUGGUGAGGACUGAGGGUGGCAGUCGUAUUCUGCCCAGCUCAGAUAUGGUUACCGUCCUCAUUCUUGGCAAUGACCAUGCGGCCGGAGUGUUGGGCUUCCACCCAGCUUCACGGUCGGUCAUAGUUAGAGAGGGUGAGAGAGUCUCAUUACUGGUGCAAAGAACAGCUCCUGCAGUAGGAAAUGUCUCAGUGGAAUGGAGAAUCGAAGGUCCUCGUGCCUUACUGACCUUUGUGGAGACCUCUGGUGUUCUUUUCUUUACUGAGGGGAUGCUGAAUGACUCCUUGGUGCUGCAGUUAUUGGAUGAUAGUACUCCUGAAGAAAGAGAGGAGUACAAAGUGUCCCUCUCCAACAUUCAAACUAUGGGAGUAACAGCCACUGGUGCUGCUGUUUUGGAUGUUCAAGGCCGGGAAUCAGUGGUCAGUGUGGAGGCCAGUGAUGAACCGUUUGGCAUGCUGAGCAUUGCACCUUCCUCCCUAAGUGUAUCCACUGAGGAGAGAGAUACUACCAUCAGAAUCUACAUUAACAGAGAGUUUGGAGCUUCAGGAUCAGUAAAUAUCAGCUACGAGACGGUGAGAGGGUCUCUGCAGGAUCUGACCAAGACUGAAGGGACACUAGCAGAACCUGAUCAGGAUUUCCAAUACGUCUCCAGCUUUGUAAUCAUGCAGGACGGGCAGACGUCUGUAUCUAUCCCAAUUACUAUCAAAGAUGACGACAUCCCUGAAUUAAAAGAAUUUUUUCUGGUCAACAUAACAUCAGCCGUUCUGAUAUCUACUCUUUCAUCUGCUCCUAAGCUAGAUACUCAGGGGCUGGUGGCAGAAGUUAUCAUCAGUGCUAACGAUGGAAUCCAGGGUAUCAUCAGCUGGCAAAGCACAGAGUAUGAAGUAAACGAGACGAUUGGAAUCAUAACUUUGGUGGCAUAUCGGGAAGCUGGGACGUACGGGAAUGUCUCCCUGUACUUCUAUGCUCAAAAUCUGGAGGCUCACUCAGGCCUGGACUUCAAUGCUACACCGUCUGUUCUUCAUUUCCUGAAUGGGGAGAGGUAUAAGUUUGUCCAGGUGGAGAUACUGGAUGACAUUGUUCCUGAGGGAGACGAGAAGUUCCAACUCAUUUUAACGAACCCAUCACCAGGGCUUCAGCUCGGCAUGAACGUUGCAGCAACGGUGACCAUCCUGGCCAAUGACGAUGGGCACGGCAUCAUUUCCUUCAACAACAGCGAGCACUUCCUGCUGAGGGAGCCCUCCUCAGUGACAGGUCUGGGUCAGAGCGUGGCUACUCUUCACAUUGUACGGAAUCCUCCAGAAGGUGUAUUUGGGACUGUGACUGUACAGUUCUCUAUAACUGAUGUGAAUGGUACUCUUAACACUGAUGACCUGACACCUUCUGAGGGCUUCGUGGUUCUGGAGAAUGGAGUCAGAUAUAAGACUCUGGAGAUCUGGGCAGUUCUGGAUGCAGAACCAGAAAUGAACGAGACCUUUAAAGUCUCUCUGUUCAACCCCACUGGAGGAGCACGACUGGGAGAACCUACAGAGACGUUUAUCACUGUGCUGCAGAACCAGGCUCCACUGGGACUGUUCAGAAUAUUUCCAUCUAGCAACAGAUCUCUGAGCACUUUGACAGCGGAGGAGACCGUUGGCACUGUGUAUCUGACCGUGGCUCGCAGCAACGGUCUGGAUUCUGCGGUCAGCGUGGAAUUUGAGACACGCUCAGACACAGCCCUUGGCAUGAUGGGUGAUUCUUUAUAUCUGGCUGUGUACCAGCGCUUUAGAGAAAUGCAUCCGGUUGGAUGGUGUUCUUUGCGUGGUGGGGAAUCUGCUCUGGUACUGAGCCUAAUGCAGGACCAGGUCACACUCUACUUGUGGCAGGGAGUUUUGGUGCCCAUUCAGAGUGUGAGUGUGCGGAGGCCCAGCUCUUGUGUGGGUUUUAUCGUAAGUGGCUCUACAUAUGUACUACUGGCCCACAGAGACACCACAGAGUCGCCUUCUGCCAACGUCAGCGUGUUCCGCCUCCAGCCAGACCUCAAUCUUACUUUAGAACACACCAGAGCUGUGGGAAGCCAUGAGGUUAAACAUUUCUCUGUCAAGUCUCAGGAAUAUUUCAUUUCUUUGAACCAGGUAUUUGUAUGGAAUGGAAGCUCUCUGAUCCUUCAUCACACCCUGGAGAUUCAGGGCACCACCAUAUCAACUCCCUUUAACCACACAAGUAAGAACAGCCAGUAUUUAGCCACCAGCAGAAACGGAAAUUCAUCCAACUGCCUCAUCUAUCAGUGGGUUAACGGCAUCUUCCAAGACCCUCAACCACUCGCCAUCAGUGUCAAAAUCAAGCAACUAGAGUCCGUCCACAUGGGAGUCGACACGCUCCUGCUAGCUGUUACAGAAGGCCCAAAUCCUACGUGUGAGGUGUUUUUAUGGAAAGCUCAGCAAGCCUUCUUCCAGCCAGCACAGUCUAUUCCAUUCAUAGGUCUUUCCUCAGUCCAUGCCUUCACCCCUUCAUCUGGCACACCACACCUCUUACUUGCCGGGACUAAUGACUCGGCGUUGUACACGUGGAAGUCGCAUCUUCAACAGUUUACUCCAGUCCUGAGGUCCUCACCAGCUCAGACGUUUUUCUAUUUUUCUGUCCUGUUGCCUAAUGCAACAAAGAACCUGAUCGUAUCUACAGGAGGAUCAGACUCCAUCCUGUACGAGCUGACCCCUGUGUCCAACCAGUCCGACUUUGUCCAUCGUUCUGGUGAGCUGUUCUUCCAGCCAGGAGUGAGUGAGUUAGAGAUAGCUGUAAACAUAAUUAAUGAUGAUACCCCUGAAGAGGAUGAACGAUUCCACCUGAGCCUCAAGAACCCCAAAGGAGGAGCAGAGAUUGGCUUCCGAGGACAAGUUACUGUGGUUAUCCCAGCUAAUGAUGAUGCCUAUGGUUUUAUCGGUUUUACCCAGGACUCUGUGUUGUUGGAGGUAGAGGAGUUGGAGAGGGAUAGCCCCAUCUCUCUCAGUGUGGAGAGGAGGAGAGGUAGGUUUGGGAGGCUCACUGUGCGCUGGGCAGCAAAUGGCAGUCUGGAGGACGUCUUCCCCACAUCAGGAGUGGUUACAUUUUCUGAGGGUCAGGCAGUGGCUACUAUCACACUGACUGUAUUAGCUGAUAGAAUUCCAGAAUUAGCAGAGAAAAUCACCAUCAUGCUAACAGACGUCUCAACAGUCGGGGUCCUGGAUCCAUCGAGAAGAGCUGCGAUUGACCCGCAGCGUGCCAGGGCUGAGCUCACUGUUAAAGCUAAUGGUUCUCCGUAUGGGGUGAUCGGAUGGCACCUGGACUCCCAGUACUUUAUCACAAGUGAACCUUCAAGAAACCCAAGCAAUAUCACACUCAGCAUAGUGAGAGAUCAGGGAGCAUCAGGGAAUAUCCUGGUCCAUUAUACAACCAGAGCUGCACUCCCACUGCCACCCAGCAGUCAAGCCAGUGAGGGUCAGGACUAUAUCGCCAAACAAUCUACAGUCAUUAUGAUGGAGAAUGCAACUGUUGCCCUCGUAACCAUCACCAUCUUACCGGAUGAAAUUCCCGAAUUGGCCGAGACUUUUCUGGUGAACAUAACUGGUGUGGAGGUGAUGGGGGUUUCAGCUGGGGCAAGCCUGCCCAGAAUCAGGAGGCCUGGAAUGGAGAUUGCUGAGGUCACCAUCCAAGAAAACGAUGACCCCAGAGGAGUCCUUCAGUUUAACAUUUCUAAGGAUGCUUCUGGAUUUGUGUUUGCUUUUGAGAUUCCUCCACCUGGUAAUGUCCUUCAUCUACCAGUGGUGAGGCUCGCUGGUGUGACCGGUCGGCUGGUUUUGUACUGGGAGACUCAGCCGGUCAGUGCUACCUUUGAGGAUUUUAGCCCAUCUUCAGGCAACAUCACAUUUCAAGAUGGACAGGCAAGCGGGUUGAUCGAAAUCACGAUCGUUGACGACACAAUCGUGGAACCUAUGGAAACAUUUUAUUUGAAGCUGACACGUGUGAUUGGAGGAGCCAGACUAGGAACUGAAUCUUCGGUUCUGAUUAACAUCCCGGCCAACGAUUCACCUCUGGGUCGCUUCGGAUUCGAGAACCUAACAUUUACUGUCUCUGAGCCGCAAUUUCCUGGUGACCCCGCUUCAGUGGCGAAUCUAACAGUGGUGCGCAGUUCAGGUGGUGUGGGUACAGUUGAGCUCAUCUGGAUACUGGAGCAGAGGGGUAGAGAGGAUCUACAGCCUCAUAACGGGACGCUUGUUUUUAAUGGGAAUGAAUCCAGACAGUCUGUGGUGAUCCAUGCUUUGGCAGAUACGGUCCUAGAGGGUGAGGAAAGAUUCACUGUCCAGCUUCUCUCAGCCAGGAAUGAAGCCAUCAUUGACCAAACAAGAAACGUGGCAUCUAUUGUGAUUAGUGCUGACCAUGGUGCACUGGGUUUUGUGGGCAUAGCUGAGUCCUCCAGGAAUGUCCUCAUUGGAGAACCUCAUGGCACCUACAAUGGGACAGCUCUGGUCAGUCUUGUUAGAGGACCAGGCAUUUUUGGUGAGAUUGAGAUAUCAUGGAACAUCGUGCCAGCUGUAGCCACUGAGUUUAUGGAGAUCUCUGGAAAAGUUAUAAUGAAAGAUCAGCAGUCUGGUGCAAUAAUUCAGCUAAAAGCACUGGACGAUGAUAUCCCAGAGGACAAGCGCCUAUACGAGCUGACUCUUACCUCUCUGACUCCCGGUUUAGAGAUCAACCCCAGCAGACAGCGUGCCACCAUCACCAUGGCAGCCAGUGACCUGCCCUAUGGCCUUUUUUCUUUCUCCCAGGCCUUGCUGAGCGCACCAGAGGACGUUGGAUUGGUGAAUGUAACAGUGGUACGCACCAUGGGGGUGCUGGGUAGCGUAUGGAUAAGCUACCAAACACAAGAUCACACGGCAGUGAGCGGUCUGGAUUUCGAGCAGUCAUCAGGCAGGCUGCUGUUCGGCCCGAACCAGAGCUCCCGGUUCAUUACCCUGAAGAUCCUGGAUGACUCCCUGGCGGAAGGACCUGAGCAAUUCUACCUCAACAUCACUCAGGUUCAGCUUGUCAAUGACAGUACACUGGACUUCACCAUCAAGGAUCAAGGUCUGCAAAUUGACCAGCGUCCAGCUAUUGGAAACAUUUCGUCCAUCAUGAUCGACAUCCAGAAGAAUGACAAUGCUGAGGGUGUCCUAGAGUUUGACCCGUCCUAUGUGAACAUUACUGUUGAGGAGGACGUGGGGACUGUUUCUAUCCCUGUCCUGAGGAAAGUGGGUACGUAUGGGCAGGUCGGGGUUGAUUUCAUCUCCAGAGGCUUGACCGCCCAGCAGGGCUCUGAUUACGUCCUGCUUAAUGGCACCAUCGUAUUCGGACACGGCCAGAACCUCGGUUAUAUUAACGUCUCCAUAGUGGAUGAUCUGGAGAGGGAAUAUAUUGAAAGGUUUGAAAUCCAGCUGACCGCUGCCACAGGCGGUGCUAUACUCGGCUCCCGACUUAUCGCCCAGAUCACCAUCGCUAAGAGUGACUCACCCAGCGGACUGGUCCGAUUCAUCAAUCAGAGUUUAAUCUUCGUCCCAAACCCUGACCGUGUUAUGAGACUCAGCCUUGUACUGGAGCGUUUUGGUGGACUGGUGGGAAAUGCCACGAUAACAUGGAACAUUUUAGGUCCAAACUCAAAUGAGGUUUUGCCAGCUGUGAACACAGAUAUUAGUGAACCAGUCGAUGGAUCGUUCCAGUUCAGAGACGGUGAAGGAGGAAUGCGUUCCAUUCAUCUCCAGAUUUUGCCUCAUGGUGAGGUAGAAGUGGAAGAAACGUUUGUGAUCAGACUUAGUAUCUUUUCCGGGGACAUGGACAUUGACCCCAGAGCUGGUUCUGUAACACUUCGGAUUGCAAAGUUUGGGGAUCCGAAUGGUAUAGUGCAGUUCACAGAGCAGGAACUGAAAGAGCGGGUCUACAGCGAACCUGCUGACCAUGAAGGUCCAUUCAACAUCUCCCUACUUAUCACCCGCAGAGAGGGAGUCAUGGGAAACAUCACUGUAUUCUGGGAAAUUCUCAGUGAUUCAGACACUUCAGGUGACUUCGCCGCAAUCCGGGGCUCAACCACUAUCUUGGCUGGCCAGCGUGUGGCAGAGAUCACUCUCUCCCUCCUUCCUGACAGUGUGCCCGAGUUGGAGGAGACCUACACAGUUCGCCUGAUCUCAGUAGAAGGCGGCGCUGAAAUUGAUGCCAACCGCAGCAGUAUCCACCUCAGAGUCCGUGCCAACGAUGAGCCGCACGGCGUGUUUGCUCUUUACACCGAUCGCCAGGCACUACUUGUGAAUGCCACAGACCUCAGUAGGUACCUGGUUCUGAACAUUACCAGGCUGGCAGGACUGUUCGGCCGUGCCAGUGUUGAAUACAGGAUCAGCUAUCCAGCUUCUGGGCAGAGCUUUACUGAGAUCAGAGAUUCCGGCAGUGUUGUGGUUAGGGAUGGAGAGAGGUCUGCCAGUGUCGCUGUGCCAGUUAGUACCCAGGUUUUCUUGGUAACUGGUUUUAAUAUCACUGUGGAGCUGACAAAUGUGAGUCUGAUCGGGACACUUUUUAGCACUCCACCACGGGUGCAGCUGGAUGCCAGGGCUGCUAUUGUGUCUGUGCCUGAGGAGGCUGCCAAUGCUGAGGUGGGCUUUUCCUCUUUGGCCCUGCAGGUGUCUGAUGUCGUGACCGGACGCUGUGAUGCAUUAGUGAGCAGGACGGGUCUCUAUGGUGACGUGAGCGUGCAUUGGAAAGCUGGAUUUCCUCCUGGCCAGAGUCCGUCAGGUUACCAGCCCGCAGUCAUCACCCCCAGCUCAGGCACCGUGACCUUGUUACAUGGCCAGAGAGGAGCGUCUAUAUCUUUUAUGGCUUUGAGUAAUACAUCUGUGCCUGUUGCACAAGCUGUUCACCUGGCCAGCAUAGAAUCCAAGUCACCGGGUGGAGCCAAAUUCAGGCCUGGUCACACCGUGGCGGAGGUGGAGCCGUUAGGUCUUUAUCAGUUCGCUCCAGGUUCUCGGCAUCUCAUAAUUGAAGAGGACGUUCAGACCAUCACGAUCUACAUCCAGCGCCUUUAUGGCUUUCGCACCAACCGCACACAGCUGUACUACAAAUCGUCCCCGGGUACCGCCCAUCCCGGUGAAGAUUUUGUCCCGGUAAAUGAUGGACGCCUGCUGUUUGAUGGCCUGCUAACAUCUGCGUCUAUCAACAUCUCCAUUCUGGAUGAUUCGUUAAUGGAACCCAACGAGACGUUUUAUGUAAACCUGACUGACGUCCGCGUUCUCGGUGCUAACUAUCCGCUGCCUGGUGCGUAUCCACGUAUCGUGUCUGUAAACAGCAUUUCUACCAUCUCUAUUCUCGCCAAUGAUGUCAUCAUAGGAUUCGGAUUUUUGAGUAUCGGCCCUGCUUUGAUCCGCGCUACUGAAGACGGACAGGGAGGGGUGCUGUCCCAAAAAGUUGGCCUGAGAGUGCGCAGGACAGCAGGGCAGAUCGGUAUGAUAAGCGUCCGGGUUCAUGCUUAUGCAGGAGGCUUGGUUUCUCCAGAUCUGCACGGCGCUCCGUUCCUCCAGGAACUCAAUGGGACAUGGGCGAAGGAAGGAGAAGACUUUACACUCCAGUCGCAGGUGGUGACUCUUUUAGAGGGGCAGACGGAGGCUGAGGUCAGCCUCUUCAUUCUGAAUGACCAGGAGCCAGAGGCACAGGAGGUCUUCUUUAUCUACCUGAGUGAGCCUGAGGGGGGAGCACAGCUCGUCAGCUCACCGGAUGAAUUAGGAUUUACUUCUUUUGCCAAAAUAAUUAUCCUCGGAAGUGAUCAUCACAAUGGAAUUGUGGGCUUCACUUUGAGAUCUCAGUCAGGUCAGGUUCUGGAUGAAGAUUCUGACAACAGGACAACCAGACUCUUCCUCCAGAGGCAGGAGAACAGGGCGUUUGAGGAUGUUUUCGUGUACUGGAGGGCCACGUUUAGCCUCACGGCUCAAGCUGUGCUCAGUCAGGGUGUGAAUCUGACCAGAGAACUACAGCAAACCUCCGGCCGGGCUCUGUGCAGCAGAGGAGAGGUGCUGUGCUUCCUUGAUCUGGAGGUCCGACCUGAUCAGGACCCCGAGUUCCAGAUCUGGUUCCUGGUGGAGAUCUAUGAGGUAGGCGAAGGCGCUGCCAUUAAUCAGAGUUCCCGUUUUGCCAACGUGACCAUGCUGGAGAGCGAUGACCCACGGGGGCUGGUGUACUUUGCCGUUGGCUCCCGGCUGCCUGUGGUCACGCUCAAAACUACCAGAGUGACUCUGCAGGUCUACAGGCAAGCCAGUGUGGCAUCAGCUAUCUCUGUGAAGUACCGAAUCCAGGAGCUUCCAAAGGCCGAGUCUGUGGGCCCCACUCUGAUCUGGCCCGCCGUGGCUGGCAUGGACUUCGUCAUGGCUGACGGUGAGCUCACGUUUGAGGUUGGCCAGCAGAACGCCGCUCUGGACGUCACCCUGACACCCAGCGCGGGCUCCUCCAACCCCACGCCCAAACGCUUCCGUGUGCUUCUCUCCGACGCUACCGGAGGGGCGAGGGUUCACCCGGUGUACGGCGUAGCGAACGUGACUUUGGUUGCAGAUACGGAGACGCAGGCUGUGUGGGCACUGCUGGAUCAGCUCCAUCAGCCGCUGGAUGAGACGGUGGUGGACCGUGUACUGCAGGGACUGAUCAAUAAAGUCAGCGUAGAUAUGACACGGGAACAGAUGACCGCAGUGCUGGAUGCGUUGGGGAAGAUCCUGAGCGAGGCUGAGCAGACUCCACUGACAGACAGCAGCCGUGGUUUGACCUACAACCUUCUCUGUGCGCUAUCCAAACCAAGUCGCGCAGACACUCUAGGCUUGAGCCACCUGGCCGGGAUAGCCGAACGCUUUGCCUUCUCGCUGGUUGGUGACGCGCCAUGCAGGACGGAAGGUCAAAGAGGAAAGACCAUCCUUGAUACUUGUCCUUACUUCACCAUCGCUGCCCUGCACUGGUAUCCGACACAGAUCAACGGUCACACUUUUAUAGGCACGAACGGAGACACUUUCACUCUGCCCGAAACCUUGCUGGAGGUGCCAGUAGUGCCAGGGGGUGGCAUUGCUUCCUCUGCCUGCCAGAAAGUGCACUUCAUAGAGUACAGUACCGAGCACUGGUUCCUCACCAACAAAAAAGCCAGUUCUCUGAAUGACAAGAUCUUCUCUGUAAGUCUACAAGGCAGAGGAUCCAGACCUUUAGGAGAGGGUAGAGAGGUGGUGUACCGCAUACACACACCAGACCAACAGGUCAAACCACGCCAGUCAUUGUGUCUUCUCUGGAACCAGGCGGCUGAGAGCUGGCUGUCUGAUGGUCAGUUCUGUCGAGUGCUUGAUGACACUGAGAACUAUGUGGAGUGCGCCUGUUCACAUCUGUCCAUCUACACGGCAUACGCAGAGACGGACUCACUCUCCUCUUACAACAAGGUUUUCUACGCUGCUGGGUUCAUCUGCAUCUCAGGCUUUGCUUUGGCCAUCAUAUCUCAUCUCCUGUGCUCCAGAUUCCCGAUGUUUGCUGCCAAACUGCUCACACACAUGAUGGUGGCUUGCUUAGGCAUGCAGAUAUGCUUCCUAGUUUCAGCAUUUAGGGGGAGAAUGUUCUCCGAGGACAGCUGUGCUGCUUUAGGUCUCUUCUUCCACUAUUUCCACCUGAGCCAGUUCAGCUGGAUGGUCAUACAGGCUGUGAACUUCUGGCAGACCCUGAUGAUGAAUGACGAGCACACAGAAAGACGUUACCUGCUCUACUUCCUGCUGAGCUGGGGGCUUCCUGCCCUGGUUAUCAUUAUUCUUGUCACGGUACUGCUGGGAGGGUACGGCUGGAACAUUCAUGAUGUCUAUGGACUGGUACAUGGCGAUCUGUGCUUUAUCCCAAACAUGUAUGCAGCUCUCUCUACGGCUGUCUUCAUUCCUCUGAGCUGUUUGGUAGGAGUGCUGGUGGUUUUCAUCCACGCCUAUCAUGUCACACAUCAAUGGAAAGCCUACGACGAUGUCUACAGGGGACGUACCAACAGUUCAGAGGUUCCACUGGUGCUGCUCCUGUUUGCCCUGAUCUCACUAGUUUGUCUGUGGGCUGGUCUCCACAUGGCUUACCGACAUCUCUGGAUGCUCAUUCUUCUCAUCAUUUUCAACAUAUUGCUGGGUCUGUACGUGUUUGCUGUGUACUUCCUCAUGCACAACCAGCUGUGCUGGCCGGCAAAGGCUACUUACACAGUAGAGAUGAACGGUCAGGACAGAACCGAUGGGGCGUUCCAGAGCACCGGAGCGGUGACAGUCGGGGGAGGAGAGAUCAGCAAAUCCACUCAAAACCUCAUCAGCGCCAUGGAGGAGAUUUCAGCAGACUGGGAGAGAGCUUCUCUACGGCCCAGCAGUGAAGCUGGCAGUGUGUUCAAAGAGGUUCUUCCAACUGGCACAUAUUCUACUGAGGGCAGCUUUGUUAACACAAACCUCGUCCAGGAUGAGUCACAGGAGUUUGAUGACCUGAUAUUUGCCUUAAAGACCGGUUCUGGUCUUAACCUGAGUGACAGUGAGUCGAUCCAUGGCAGUCAUGACGGUGCGAGUAUGGCCAACUCCCAGAUUGUCGAGCUGAGACGCAUUCCAAUCGCAGAUACACACCUGUAACCUUGCUGUUUUUGUACUGAAACCAAGCAACAGUAUUUUUCUACUGGUUCUGCCUUUGCACUCAAUUUUACCAGUUUCGGUUCUUAGUUUUUAAGCUUUUUUAUACCUGAAAUUUGUCGAUACUUCUGAUCUUUUUAUACAUGUGUAUAUGUGAAUUAUCAGUACUUAAAUUUCGUGAAGUUUUUAAUAGACUGAGAUGUAAAUUGUUGAUUAAGAUGCACACAAGCAGCCUGAUCCUGGAGUUCAGCGGCUUGAUUUGUGUAACACACAAUAAAACUUUCAACAAA